UUCUAACUUCCCUCCUGAGAUGGGCUUAUUAAUUCUAGAACAAAACCAAAAGUGAGAAUGCUAAGGUUGGCACUCUCACUUCCUCUUGCUCUCUAGCCAGUAUACCUUUGAAUACAAUAUUUACAGAGGGGCAACCGCUGGGAGAGAAGGGGCAGGGGCCCCAGGGACUCUGCCCUGCCACCAUUUACAGUUCGUCAUGCUUUCUCACGGCCUCCGCUGGUUGCAGAAAAUGCCAGGAUGAUGCCUCUCUUGCAUCUGGCUGGGACUCUGAUCAUGGCAUUGUUCCUUUCCUGCCUGAGACCAGGAAGCUUGAAUCCCUGCAUAGAGGUACUUCCUAAUAUUACCUACCAAUGCAUGGAUCAGAAUCUCAGCAAAAUCCCUCAUGACAUCCCUUAUUCAACCAAGAACCUAGAUCUGAGCUUCAACCCCCUGAAGAUCUUAAGAAGCUAUAGCUUCUCCAAUUUCUCACAACUUCAGUGGCUGGAUUUAUCCAGGUGUGAAAUUGAGACAAUUGAAGACAAGGCAUGGCAUGGCUUAAACCAGCUCUCAACCUUGGUACUGACAGGAAACCCUAUCAAGAGUUUUUCCCCAGGAAGUUUUUCUGGACUAACAAAUUUAGAGAAUCUGGUGGCUGUGGAGACAAAAAUGACCUCUCUAGAGGGUUUCCAUAUUGGACAGCUUAUAUCCUUAAAGAAACUAAAUGUGGCUCAUAAUCUUAUACAUUCCUUUAAGUUACCUGAAUAUUUUUCUAAUCUGACAAACCUAGAACAUGUGGAUCUUUCUUAUAACUAUAUUCAAACUAUUUCUGUCAAAGACUUACAGUUUCUACGUGAAAAUCCCCAAGUCAAUCUCUCUUUAGACCUGUCUUUAAACCCAAUUGACUCCAUUCAAGCCCAAGCCUUUCAGGGAAUUAGGCUCCAUGAAUUGACUCUAAGAAGUAAUUUUAAUAGCUCAAAUGUACUGAAAAUGUGCCUUCAAAACAUGACUGGUUUACAUGUCCAUCGGUUGAUCUUGGGAGAAUUUAAAAAUGAAAGGAAUCUGGAAAGUUUUGACCGUUCUGUCAUGGAAGGACUAUGCAAUGUGAGCAUUGAUGAGUUCAGGUUAACAUAUAUAAAUCAUUUUUCAGAUGAUAUUUAUAAUCUCAAUUGCUUGGCAAAUAUUUCUGCAAUGUCUUUCACAGGUGUACAUAUAAAACACAUAGCAGAUGUUCCUAGACAUUUCAAAUGGCAAUCCUUAUCAAUCAUUAGAUGUCAUCUUAAGCCUUUUCCAAAGCUGAGUCUACCUUUUCUUAAAAGUUGGACUUUAACUACCAACAGAGAGGAUAUCAGCUUUGGUCAGUUGGCUCUGCCAAGUCUCAGAUAUCUAGAUCUUAGUAGAAAUGCCAUGAGCUUUAGAGGUUGCUGUUCUUAUUCUGAUUUUGGAACAAACAACCUGAAGUACUUAGACCUCAGCUUCAAUGGUGUCAUCCUGAUGAGUGCCAACUUCAUGGGUCUAGAAGAGCUGGAAUACCUGGACUUUCAGCACUCCACUUUAAAAAAGGUCACAGAAUUCUCAGUGUUCUUAUCUCUUGAAAAACUUCUUUACCUUGACAUCUCUUACACUAAUACCAAAAUUGACUUUGAUGGCAUAUUUCUUGGCUUGAUCAGUCUCAACACUUUAAAAAUGGCUGGCAAUUCUUUCAAAGACAACACCCUUUCAAAUGUCUUUACAAACACAACAAACUUAACAUUCCUGGAUCUUUCUAAAUGCCAACUGGAACAGAUAUCUAGGGGGGUAUUUGACACACUCUACAGACUCCAGUUAUUAAACAUGAGUCACAACAACCUACUGUUUCUGGAUCCAUCCCAUUAUAAACAGCUGUACUCCCUCAGGACUCUUGAUUGCAGUUUCAAUCGCAUAGAGACAUCCAAAGGAAUACUGCAACAUUUUCCAAAGAGUCUAGCCGUCUUCAAUCUGACUAAUAAUUCUGUUGCUUGUAUAUGUGAAUAUCAGAAUUUCUUGCAGUGGGUCAAGGACCAGAAAAUGUUCUUGGUGAAUGUUGAACAAAUGAAAUGUGCAUCACCUAUAGACAUGAAGGCCUCCCUGGUGUUGGAUUUUACGAAUUCCACCUGUUAUAUAUACAAGACUAUCAUCAGUGUAUCGGUGGUCAGUGUGCUUGUGGUAGCCACUGUAGCAUUUCUGAUAUACCACUUCUAUUUUCACCUGAUACUUAUUGCUGGCUGUAAAAAGUACAGCAGAGGAGAAAGCAUCUAUGAUGCAUUUGUGAUCUACUCGAGCCAGAAUGAGGACUGGGUGAGAAACGAGCUGGUAAAGAAUUUAGAAGAAGGAGUGCCCCGCUUUCAGCUUUGCCUUCAUUACAGGGACUUUAUUCCUGGUGUAGCCAUUGCUGCCAACAUCAUCCAGGAAGGCUUCCACAAGAGCCGGAAAGUUAUUGUGGUGGUGUCUAGACACUUUAUCCAGAGCCGUUGGUGUAUCUUUGAAUAUGAGAUUGCUCAGACAUGGCAGUUUCUGAGUAGCCGCUCUGGCAUCAUCUUCAUUGUCCUUGAGAAAGUGGAGAAGUCCUUGCUGAGGCAGCAGGUCGAAUUGUAUCGCCUUCUUAGCAGAAACACCUACCUCGAGUGGGAGGACAAUGCUCUGGGGAGGCACAUCUUCUGGAGAAGACUCAAAAAAGCCCUGUUGGAUGGAAAAGCCUUGAAUCCAGAUGAAACAUCAGAGGAAGAACAAGAAGCAACAACUUUGACCUGAGGAGUACAAAACUCUGCGCCUAAAACCCAUUAUGUUUACAAUUUCCGAAUGCUACAGUUCAUCUGGGUUUCUGCUGUGGACAGGGAGUCCAGGGAGCACGAGGCUUCUAACCUCAACGACCUCACAGGGCACAAGGAAGUAGCAAUGUGAUGAAACCCCAUACUUUCCAUGUGUAUCAGGUGUAUGAAUUAAGCAACUCAGGCAAAGAAUCAUAAUCAGCAAAGUUUACUCUUAUAAAACCUAAGGAGAGGAGGCUAAGGCCCAGUGAGAACAGAAAGGAACAUCAUUCUUCUCUGGAUCUUUGAAUAUAAGCACAACAUGUAGUGUGCUGCAGUUACCUUAGAAGAGUUUUGAUCAUUUAAACUGAAGUGAAUGUUUCCUUCCUUUCCCUUUUUCUAUUGAAUAUAAUUUAAAUGGCACUGACUCUUUUUGAGAGACCCUCAUUCAAAUUUCUUCUUCCAUUUUCUGUCAGUUUCUUUUUUUAAAUCUAGUUCUACAAGAAAUAUGACUGAUACAUGCUCAAAGAUAUCCUGGUCAAUCCUUAGAAUGCUAUAUUUAUAAAAUAAAAAAUUUUAGUGUACUUUUAUUUUUUAAAA